AUGUUCAACUGGACCUACUUGGCGAAAAUGUUCGCCGUCCUCGGCACGUCGCUAGGCGGCUUGGCCCUUGCCGGUCUCUAUACUUUCCAACGCACUUUGAUCUACCCGUCAUCGAUGAACGAUGGCCGCGGCUACUGUGCUACCCCAGACGAGCUAGAUAUGCCGUAUGAAGAUCUCCAUCUCACAACUGAAGACGGCGAGACCCUCCAUUGCUAUGCCCUCAAGCACGACAGGAACUCGCCCACUUACACGAACAAAACGGUCUUGAUGCUUCUGCCCAACGCCGGCAACAUUGGCCAUGCGCUUCCGAUCGUGGCCAUAUUCUUCCGCACCUUUGGCUACAACGUUUUCAUCUACCUGUACCGGGGCUACGGCCGGUCGACGGGGACUCCGCUGGAAUCGGGGUUGAAGAAAGACGCUCGCCGUGUGAUGGCUCACCUCACUGAAGAAGACGCUCAGUUCCGUGACAGUCUGUUGGUAUUGUAUGGACGGCUGUUGGGCGGUGCGGUGGCUGUGUUCAUAGCUGCCACCUUCCCGGAUGCGGUCCAGGCGAUUGUGUUGGAGAACACGUUCUUGCUGAUUCCCAAAACCGUGCCCCACAUUUUCCCGGCGCUCCGCUAUUUUACAAUGUUUGUUCACCAGCGGUGGGAAUCGGAACGCCUCGUGCCUCAGAUCCCUGCCGAUGUGCCUGCGCUUCUCAUGAGCGCUCGUCAGGAUGAGAUAGUGCCGCCCGAGCACAUGGAUCGAAUCUUCGAGCUUUUGCCGUCGCAAGACAAGACAAUGUUUCGCUACGAAGGUGCUAGCCAUAACGAUACCAUUGCACAACCGCUGUACUGGGAAAGAGUGCACGCUUUUAUCCGCGAUAAAGUGAACCCUGUGGGGCUUUGA